UCUAGCCAAGUUUGUUUAUGAGUUUGGGAAUAACUGUGAUCUCAAGCAUCCGUCUGCAUGCAGAGGGUUUUCACAGCAGAUAUUCAGCUUUGUAGAGAAUAGGAGUCUGUGUAUAAAUGGCACACCGUGGAUUUGGCAUCUUCUGGAAGAAUGUGUGGAGAAUGCAUGGGAGUACUGCAGCGUUGUCGUAGGACUGACUUCCAUUGUCUGCUUUCUGUUUGCUGCACUACCUCAAAUUCACGUUGCCUGUCGGGAUGGAAAGGUGGACCAAGCGCUGUCUUUGGGCUUUCUGCUGUGUUGGAUGGCUGGAGAUGUCACAAAUCUGAUAGGCUGCUAUUUAACAAAUCAACUGCCAAUUCAGACUAUCACUGCCAUCUCCUACGUUAACAUGGAUAUCAUUUUGAUUUCACAAUUUGCCUAUUGCAAGCUCAAGAAUUGGAAGAUGAUGAAAGGCAGCAGAAGGCUGAAGAAUUUCUGUAUAACCUGGAUCUUGAUGUGCAUAACCCUGUGUGUUGUUUUACCCUGCCAGCUGUUGAUCAGAAAGCAAGACCAGAGCUCAGCAAUGGAAAGAAGUAUUAACUCUCUCGAUAUGAUUGAAAUGUCAGGCUUCGUUUGUGGCUAUAUAUCUUGUGUGUUUUACUUGGGAAGUAGAUUUCCUCAGCUGUAUAAAAACUUUCAGAGAAAGUCAACAGAAGGCACCUCUUACCUGCUGUUUGCAUUGGCCAUGCUGGGAAACAUCACGUAUGGCCUCAGCCUUGUCCUAAAGAUGCCUGCUGCUGGAUCUGUCCGGGCCCUCUACUUUUUACACCAUCUUCCAUGGCUCCUCGGGAGCUUUGGAGUUUUGUUCCUGGAUUUUUUUGUGACUGUGCAGUUCCUUCUGUAUGGUCAGCACAAGGAGAGAUCACAUGCCUUGGUGGCACUGGAAGUGGAGCCACUGCUUGUGGGUGAGGAGGAUGCAUAGUGCUGUGCUCAGCCCUGCUCACGCCUGGGGACUUGGAUGGGUCAGACUGCAGGAGCUUUGCAACCACACUUAUUUUUGGUAUUCAUUUAUUUGUCAUUAAUUUGUCACUGCUUGUUUAACGUUUUCAUCUUCACAUCAUUUGCAAAUAUUUAUUCUGUUGCUUCAGAACUGUAUUAAGUCUUUGUUUUCCUGAAUGCUUGCCUUUCUCACUGUUCCUCCCUGUGAUGGGAAUCACAGCAGUGGGUGCUUUGGGAGUAUUUAUUUGACACGAUGAUGCCAUGCAUAUGACAAGGUGACAAUUUUUAGAUGAAAACCUACAUCUUGAUAGCAGUAAUACGGCUGUUUUAAAACUAGCCCCGAGCCUUGAACUCAGCGUGGAGUUCUGUACUGCUCAGUGUGGUCACAUUGCAUGGAAGAAAAUUGGCCUUUAAUUAAGAACCAUCAGUGCAGAGGAUCCAUUGCUGAUGUAAAAGCAGAAUUGUGGUGUGAGUUCUUGAGAUCAUAGAAUCAUAGCAUGGCCUGGGUUGAAAAGGACCACAAUGCUCAUCCAGUUCCAGCCCUCUGCAGU